AUGAAAGGGGGAUUGCGGAUCUCGCUGGCCUGGAUUGGCGGGGGUCGGGUGGACAAGUUUGCCAAAUGUGUGUUGAUAUUAUUGGCGGAUGUGGCGAAGGAGGAAAGCGAGCAGUCUAGUCCGCGGUUAAGUUCGACGACAAAUGCGCUGCACUAUAUUUCGAAGGUCUUUAAACGUCGACGUUCGGUAGGUCGUCCGGCUCUCCUUUCGGAGACGCCGCGGCGGCCAAGCCUGGACCAGUCUUCUGUAUGUUGCGGGGGUCGGCCAGCGGGUAGCUGGUUCGACGCGCUUGUGGAGCACCCCCCAUUGGAGCAGGUUCUCCGGUUGCAAAUGGACGCUGUCCCGCAGACGGCGACGCAGGUCUUUUUGCACUGUGUCUUCGCCACGCUCCUUUGGUACCUGCAGACCGCUGGUUCAAUUCCCGGGUCGGAGCGGGAGGCGUCCGCUUCCAAGCCCGAACUCGACUUGUAUCGGGGACCCAGGACCCAAAGCCGACCGCAGACACCGGGACCGGGCCUACGCGGGCGGCCACCGGAAGAACUGGGUGGCGACAAAACGGUUUUGAAGAACUGCGCGCUACAGAGCCAGAGUCUGAUUGCGCUAACGAACCACGUGCUGCACGUCUUCUCGCUGUUACAGGCGUCGGUCAUUAUGGAGGUACUCAACGAAUUCUCGCCACCCGGGGUGGGAGGUGGUUGGCGUCUAUGGCGCGGUUCGGAAAGACGUGAAGAGGCUUCGGUGACCGAGGAAGAGGACCAAUGUUCCGAUCAGUUGGCUCACAUCCAGGCCUUGCAUACGUACUACGCGUUCCGUGCGGCGUCAUUGGUGCCUGAUGUGGUGGUGACUGGUUUAGUGCCAGCGAUUGCGGGCACCUAUGUGAUACCGGACCCUAGUUGGAACGACUUGAUUUGGAUAAACUGGUUGGUUGUAUUCCAGAGGUACUGCCGCAAGUUGGAGCCUGUGGCGGGCCCUGGUGGUAUUGAGGCGCCCUCUGUGCUAGUGCGUGAAGUGCAUCGUAGUGUGUAUCGCACGUGUCUGCAGAUCGUUGCACACGUGGAGUCCCUAUUACUGAAGGCGGCUUCGGCGGCGGAAGGGCUGGCGGUGGCUCCGGAUGACCUGAGUAUGGCGCAGACGUUGCGAAAUCUCAACACAGUACAGCACCUGUCGUUGCUGGCCGCGGGGUGUCGGAUGCUGGCGGGACACGGGGUCCGGAAUACUACUAGUGCGCCGGCUCGUGCGUUGCAGGCCGAGGCGACGGCGUGGGCGGUGGAGGUGGCGGACGCCUUUGUGCACGUCGUGCCGGUAUUAAUUCGAGAACAAGGUACUCCGCGCGUCUUAAUGCAAUCAAUUGGGUGUUUGGAAGUCGUGUUUACGGCUUUAGGGAGUCAGUUGCCAUUGCACCGUUGCGCGUUGUUGUUUCGCAAGUGGGGAGCCAUCCUCUGGGGCCUGUUAUACCCCCGUUUAGUGGCCCUGGAACCGCAUCGCAUCCCCUCAGGUACGGUCCAUGACUUCAUGCUUUGUCGAGGAGUCGUCGCAUAUUCCGGCGCCGCUCGAGUCCUCAACUUCCUCCUCACCUUCACUGUCACACCCUGCGAUUCAGACACGGCUCUCCAACCGUUCGCCAUCGUCAACGAUACCGUCCCGAACGACCCCGAGUGCAGCGCCGGCGAAGGCACACAGCCCUUCUCCGACGCAUUGAUUUGUGCCGGUAUCGCACGAGCCUUCGCGGUCAUAAAACCCAGCGCGUUCUACCCCUUCCGCCAAAUGUCCUGCCUCUACGAGGCCUCGCGUCUCCUCUCCACUCUCCUCAUGACCAAAUACUCCAAACUUCGACCAUAUACACGCACGCCCACUCUCUCCGUCACACGCUCGGACCACGACACCCCCUACGGAAACGCGCCUCAAGGGGCAGCCCCUCCAGGAGCAGCCCCUGGAGGAGCAACCCCUGCAGGAUCAACUUCUCAAAGAGCAACUUCUCAACUCGCACAUACGCCGAGCACCUGCUGCUCGCCUAACUGGACUGCACCGAGCGGCUACAGGUGUGGCAGCUACGGCGGCGGAAGUGGUUACAGUCCCGGCGGUGGUUACAGUCCCGACAAAAAGGUUAGCGGCCCGGGUGGUACGGUGGUGUCAUGGUUAACUUACUUGUACUCGGUGCAGGUGGGUCUGAUUCGGGAGAUGUUGUUUGCACCGAACAAGUCUCUGUACUUCCGGUUGGUUCCGCAAUUAUUUGACGAGGUUUCUCUGUUAUUACCAGUAGUGUUUGAGGCUCAUUAUCUAAGCCCGCUGGACGUAAAGAACUUGCUGUCUACGUUGAAGGGUGCCUUAGCCUAUGGUGAUUCGGACACGUUCGAACUACACAGUGGCAAAUGUAACCUGUCCAACUGGGCCCGUCACCAAGCUGUGUGUGUCAACUGCAGCAAUAAAGAAAGGAACAUACUCUCCGUGCGGCAAAUCGAAAUUCGCAAUACACACCACCACAACGACCUCAUCUGUGACUGCGGACUCUGGCUACAUCGCCUUCGCCGAGCUGCACUUAAUGUGCUAAACGUCGCACGACAACACGAACAACUUAAUGCGAGAGACCCCGAAGUCGCAGACCUCGUCCGCAACGUCGUACAAAUGACCAUCGGUACCGCACUUAACAUUGACGCCCUCACCUACCAAUCUGUCGUGCAUCUUGCUGCUCACUUCAAAAAUAAAUCCAUAUCUAGACUCAUCUAUGAACGCAGCGUUAUUCAACUCACCAACGCAAUACGACUCUACAGACAUCACGUAAAAACCGUGUCCACGUUCCACUGUGGCCAGUACGCGACCGCAUUGUCCUGUAUUCGUAUGCAUGGUAAUUCCGUACCGGAUAACAGUUUGCGUCGUAACGAGUGGUUAUCAGCGUCAAUGCCGCAGUUACGGGAGGACCGUUUUGUCUUCAGUUUGGAAGGUGAGGAGAGUCUGUUGUUACAAUCUCUCGCUGGCUUGGCGAUCGUUGCUAUCGCCAUUCCAGAUGAGUGGGAUAACGUGACCAUUUCGACGUGUUUCCAGAUCGGCAGUAGCCACAAAAAUCCCGUCACAAGAUGCCAGGGUUUAUUGACCUUUUUGGCGUUACAAAAGCACUUGCGAUUAAGCACGGAUCGUCAGUCAUUGGUGCGCUAUUGCGCAAUCGUCGAACAUAUGAUCGACACCGCUCUCAAUGACCGAUCCGAAUUUGUUCGACAAGGCUUCACCACACUCUUUCGGAGGUCAAGUUUCGCCAUGAACUCCGGCUUGAUGCCCACCUAUGAGAUGUUCAAGGUCAUCUUCCACAACGAAAAGGAGCUAAUUGGAGGCAACUUUCUAGGAUUUGAUCCACCAGUGGGAGGCAACAACCGGUUUGGCAAACACUCAAUGGGAAACCAUUCAAUAGGAAACCAUUCAAUGGGCAAGCAGUUCGGGAACCCAAUCGACGACCAGGUGGGCGGCAUCCAGGCGCUUCCGGGCAACACCACAGGUUCGGCUAUGGCUCACCCGGGCACCAUUGCAAUCGGUGCUAUUACUGGAGGCACAGUUAGCGGCGGUGUUUUGGGCGCUAGUGGCGGCAUUAUGGGUGGCGGCAUUAUGGGUGGCGGCAUUAUGGGUGGCGGCAUUAUGGGUGGGAAGAAGGUGAUCGACAUCGACAUGUCAGGUUGGCAUCAGUUCGAGAUUCCGAUCAUAACGCAGGUACAGGCACCUUCGCGACGGAUUGUGACGAUUCUGGUGGAGAUAAUCCGUGGCUUACAGUUGGCUCGAUCGUUGCCAUCGGAUCACCGGAAGCAGAUUCAUCAGCACCACUGCAAGUUGAUUCAGAUCUUUAUUUGCUUAUUAGUGACGAACAGUAAGCAGAUAAGUCGGACGGUAAUGACAUUGCUAUUGGCCAUGAUAAAUCACGUGAUGCGGUUGUUGUUACGAGUAGAUCGGCAGGAGUCGGAUCUGACAUCGUUCGGUAUCCUGUUAGCUGAUGCACACCGAUAUGCCUACGCGGACGAAAAUCGCGAGUUGGACGCUUUUACGUUGAGGAUGCAACGUACUUGUCCAGAGCUGGGUAUCUUGUUGACAGAGUUGUCGCCAGUGCCAUGUGAGGGCAUCUGCGGGCAGCCGGCGACUUGCUCUAUCGUCGGAGGAUGUAACAUUAAGCCGUCAACGACCGACUAUCAUUCAGCCGAGUUAGACUUCCUGUACUGGUUAUUACGAGCGGCGCGUGCCAUGCUCAACGUGACGGAUCGCCGAUUCAUGACCAAGCCGUGCUGCCCCACCUUUGGUGACUGUUACGCCCGAUUACGUCAGAACCGCAUGUUGUUUGGCCGACGAUGUUCUCUGCUCCGACUCACCACGAGUGGCUAUGGCACCAGCGGCUACGGCGCAGCAGAUGAUACUGCUGGACUGAUCCGCGAAGCCAGCUACAGCACCAAUCCACUCCAACGUAGCCUGACCAGCGGUGAACCGAAAGGAGUCCGGAGUCAUGACCAACAUUGCAAUGGUGAUGACUUCACCGGCUGGAUCUGGGACCGGCUGCUGUCCGAAACCGUGACCCUCGGUAUCUCCCACCUGGCUCAAAGUCACCACCGACUUAGCUCGGUAGCUGCACUUCGACAUACAGCAACAGCAAGCAGUCGUGCAGUCGGGGAACUCAGCAUCAUGACCAAGGCAUGCAAGCUCCUCAUCGCCAUCCUGGACCAUCUCGACGACUGGUCUGACCUCUUCCUCCUAGACUCUUUCGACAUUCUACAAAAGGGACUUGUGCAGCUGCUCAUGACCGCGCUGUGUGUAGUCGAGCGACUAAAAACUGGCUACUCCAAACCCACCUUUGACAGCCCAAGCGACGCAGACUCCGGCAAACACAACGUGUACGGUGACAGUGGCAACGGUUUAUAUGGUAACGGUCAAUCCCAUAGUGGUCGAUCUCUCAGUGGGCACUGGGUUGACGGCGUCGGCACGGUGUUUCCGUCUGCAGCGAAGUUCGUCGCCCCGCCCUUCAAUGGGUACCAGCACGGAGAAGGAACCGCUUCGGGGUGCUUCGGUGAAGAUUUGUUGGUGCUCCCAGUGAUAAAGUCGCGAUACCGCGAUUUGAAUGCCACUUUGGGGGAGACUUUGCGGACUUCGAUUGAGACAUUGAACGUGAUUGUGUGUCGACUCAUCGGCCACUUGGGUGUGCGGAUGAAGGCCGAGUCCAUGGACGCGGCAACCCCCGACUGUUUCGACAACCGUGCAGAGUUCCUGCUGGACGCAGAGCGCCAAGCGAAUGUGACGACACAGCCUUUCCGUGACGGACUACGUGGUGACAAGUUUGUGUAUCGCACUUUACACACACUUGCCUACUGUUUGUUCGUGACCAAGCAUGUGUCUACGGACUCUACGGUGCUGCACAAGCAGUUGCUCAAGGCUUUCAACAUCAUUGUGGACGAUAUCUCGAUUGAGAUCCAGAGCUGUGACAACUGGGACGAGCUGGCGAUCCUUAAGCCGGCAGCGACUGUGACGUUUUGGGGUGCGCUAUUCAUGUUAGAACGAUUGUGGCUGAGCCGCACGGACAUGAAGAUCCGGGCGAUCCGGUACACGCGUCAACUCAAUGCCUUCUGGGAGCCGUCGCUAUACCAAGACGUUUCUUUAUGUGACAAGUUGAUUAUUACGCACGACACAAAGGAGCCCGUCGGUUGUCUGCCCCUCGGCCUCUGCUGGUUCGGGCGAGAAAACAUUACCGCCUGCACGGCCGGUCUCGAGGAGGUAGUCUCCGCCCUUGAGGACCGCGCGGGGGAGAUUGGUUGUGAUAUUUCGACCUGCGCACGUGGCUGCACACACGCGUGCGAACAUCGAUACUCGGAUGGCGCGCAAGAGAACGGACCGGCAGCAGCGGAGAAGCCGUAUACUCACGACGAUGAACUACGACCUACUGAUGUGGGUACACGCUCGGAUGGAGUCCGUUCAGAAGUCGGUCGUCGCCUUGGGCGUCGAUUCACAGAACCGGAUUGCGGGGUACUGACGGUGAAUGAGUCAAGCGGCGAAGAGCUAGGGGAGGCAGCAGCUACAUUGUGGUCAAGCGACAUGGCGUUGAUUUUGAAAGAAAUCAACGUGGACGUGCAGUACUUGACCUGUGCCCAACCGGUUGUUCGUGGACGGGACUAUCAAGUAGGAAAUAACCCGAUGUCUACUCUCGUCACACGUCUGUUAAUAAUCCUGUAUCGCAUGAUGAAGGAGAAGGCUGUGGACGGUCGCUACAUCCCUGGCCAGGUGGAAUGUCACGAGAUCCAUUACCAGAUCGUCCAGCUUAUGGCCACGAUUUUCGAAGCACUCGCCGUCUUCAGGGUGCAAGACGAUCAGUUCGUUUACCCGCUGUCCAGCAUCCUGAGCAUUGCUGACCAGGGACUCUUUCUAGGUAUUUGCAGACGUGUGCGCCACCUCGUUUUCUGCUCCGUCCUAAGUCCUAGCGGGUUCGUUCUCCUUCAGAACCAACUUGAGCCAUACUUACGUGAGUGUCUAGCGGUGGAAAAGAGAUUAGAAGGACUCAUCAAGACCCACUGCGAAAGCGGCCUGAGUAACUUGUCGACUCGAUCGGACCCAACCCGGUGGGAUCCAACUCGAUCCGACCCGGCUCGGUCUGACCCCUGUCGGUCUGACCCCCAUCGAUCUGAUGGGGAAGGCAGUGUUUCGGAACAGUUGGAAAUUGAGGAGAAUGACUUGCAGGCGGUGGCGUGCCUGACAAUUUUUUUGGAUGUUCGAGAUGCGUUUGCGAGACGAAAAAAUAAGUUUAGUGUAUACCGCUACGGUGCGAAGUUGACGGAGGAAUUGGACGAGUUAGUUCAAUCAUCAGCGUUUAGGUAUUUGGUGUCCUUAUUGUUCGAAGAAUUGAAACUAGAGUUCCAGGAGAAAGAGAGUGCGCGCGCGGCAGCGCAAACACGUGUGUGGUCGGAAAGGAAAGCGGCGGCCGAGGUGGAUUAUUUGGAGUUAAACUUAGAAGGUAGACAGCAGCAGACAUUGGCCGAUUGGUUGCAAUGGUUCCAUGACUGGCUGAUAUCGAUUUGUCGGAGCACGAAAAGUAGUAGUGCUCGACAAUUGAUUUUAGUUUCAGAUAUGGUACCGAUCGAGAAUAGUGAUUUACCCCCAUAUUUAUCACGACUGAAUCUAAAUCACGUGGUGCACGCGUUAGCACCGAUUUUGAUAUUGACAUUAUGGCAGUCGAUCGAUGGUCAUUUGGCUCGACGUAGAUUUGCUCGUUUAUUGGAGACGUUAUGUUCUUGUGCACCGCCCGAGAUUAAGAGUGUAGUUAUGUCAUCUAUAGAGCUGGUUGUGCACUUCGAUUUGACUCGGAGUAUCUUCAAUUUCGGGUAUCUGGCAGAAGCGGCGGAGAAUAUCGGACGUUUGCAUGCUGCCGUGUUCUUUAAGGAAGUAGAACUUAGCAACCUGCCCGCACAUGCGGCUAUGCCUCGCAUAGCGGCGAUUCGAAAGCUAGCAAGGCUCGGUGGUGCUCUCACUCAAGUGUCAUAUACUCGCGGACUCACUCUGACCCUUAACAACUUGAUGAGUGUGCGCAAAGACGCCGAUUUCGGCGGCAGCAGCGGCCAGCAGGAGUGCCAACUUAUGAAGGAUUGCCAAGAGUGGGAGAAGGCGGCCCAAAUGUACUCCAGCCAACGCGUCCGAGGCGGCGACGGUCUGGCCGACCUCGAGAACGUAACGCGACUCAACCACUACAUGCGCUGUCUAUGCGAAGCGCAGAACUGGAUCCAAAUCGUCGACGGCGUCGACAGUGAUCUCUGGCGCGCCAUUGGCAGCAACAUGAGCGCCUUCAUGUACUCCUCUUGCGGCGCGCCCCACCAGGGGCUGCUCCAUCCCAAUCUACUGCAGCAACCCGGUCUGUUGCAGCAGCCAAGUGCGGGUAUCUUACAGGGAGGUGUGUUACAGGGAAAUGGACUGCCGGCAAGUGGACUACCAUUGUGGCAGAGUCCGGGUAAACAAAGUUCGCUGCAACGCGCGUUGCGGAGUCCUGCGCAGGGUGGUGGCGGGAGUAGGAAUCGGCGGGUAGGUUAUCCGGUGGUGAUUGGCGCGUCUCCGUACACGCGACGGUCGCGCGAGCCCCACGUGCCGGCUGAAGUGCAGAAGACAUUGCCCCUGAAGGCCUCGCUGGACAGCUACUGCGGCGGUCCGGGGCGGCAUGAGCCGCUGCAGUUUGCGGAGCACACACGUUCGAUUUUGCGUAUCCGAUGUCUCGCGGCGCUUCAUUUGCACCAGUGGGAGAGUCUACAGCACUUUGCCGAAGGCUUCUGCGCGGCGCAGCGGCUCUGCGGCUCGUUGGGUCGCGGCACCGCUCUCUGGAGUUGCAGUACGGCUGCGGAAGAAGAGGAAACGACGUUACGGAACGAGUGCGAGUUCUUUAAAAUUAUCAGUUGCUACCGCCAGCGUGAGUUCCGGCGGGCAAGUUCGUUAAUUAGCCAGAUGUGUCAGAGCACGGCACAUCAACUGGGGGUACUGGCCAAUGGUCUUAAUAACACAGUGGAGAACGCGACGUUGCUUUUCAUCAGAUGUCAGCAGUUAGAUGAGCUGGCGGAAAUGAUUGACUAUCAAGAGGACGAGUCCCUCAUCUACCGUUCCUGGAGCAAGCGGGACAUGGUCUCGGCCUGGGCCCCGAGUGUGGCUGAGGCGAUCGUGGCCGUGCGCAACGUGGUGGGCGUUAGCCAUCAGUCCACAGCGCACUGGUUGCAGACGCUGCGGCACGUGCGGACGACAUUGUCGCCUAACACGCAAAAAACGACUACGCUCUCGUUGCUUACGCAGCAACGCGAGAUCAACGCGGACCUUCUGACGGAGUUCCUGGACAUCAUGGUCGGAUGCGGCGGGCCGGACGCCCUACUCGGUGUCCGGGGCAUUUACGAUGUUAUGAACCAGUUCCUGAGAUACAAUUCGCACACUGCCCCCGUUUCGCCCACAAACAGACAACUGCUCGGCAUGAUCCAUCACCUUAUCUUGCCCGUGUGUCUCGACCGCACGGCGGACCCACACCGUGGAACUGAGAGUGUGCUCAACCCACCGCGCGUCGAAUAUCGUUCACCCCGUUCUCUAAAUCCACAUUGCUGGCUCACGCAAGAGAACCUAGAAAAGAAUUUGGUAAUCAACGACGCGAACUUCAACAGCUCGCUAGUCAAGGUCGUCAAGAGCCACCUCAAACAGUUCACCAUGAUCUCCACCACCGCCGGCAGUCUGCUUAGUUCACGCCGCUCCGACGACUCACUCAUCAUCCGACCCAAUCAUCAUGGCCAGUACGGUUUGCUGGCCGCUCUCGCAUGGGCCCUGCGAGUCAUUGACGCGCAUGACGCCGAACUCUGGCAGCUGUAUGCUACCGUCAACUUCUGCAUCGUGCGCAGCCAAAGCAAGUUCCGUCUGGCGCAACUCGAACAUGACCACGAUGUCGACCACGACUUGGAACUGCCCGUCGUCCCCGACACGGACUGCCCGCUGUGCCAAGUCAUGAAGGUCGGCAUCGAGCAAGAAAAGUUCGGCCACCUCCUAGUGUCUGCCGCUGCGGUGCCGGUAGUUGGCACUGCUGCGACACCGUCGGGAGGAGGAGUCGCCGCCACCGCGGCCGACUCUUCGGCGACCAGUUCCUGCUUCGCCAUCACGGACGCGCGAUUACUGCACUGCGCAUGUGAAGCCAUCAAGGGCUUCACUAACUGCGUGAAGCUUUCUACCUCGGAAUCUUGUCGCGGGAAAUGGAUGUGGAAUACCCUUUAUAUCAUCUUCAUAUGGUUCGCGGCAACUGAAAAUUUACAGAUCAACGACUUGGUGCAGCAGCUAAGCCAGUUUACUUCGCCGGAAAGUUGGUUCACGCUGUUACCACAACUGUUAUCCCGCUUUUCGCGAACACGGCCGGUCAUGGCUGCCACAGUGCGCCGACUUCUCACGAUCCUCAGCCACCACGAUCCGAACCGGUUGAUAUUUCCCUUGACCGUUUCAGCAAACAACGUGAACGCGGACUUGGCAGAGCCAGCGCGUGACGUGCUCACGGAGCUGGCCAUAUGUCACCGUCAGCUUAGCGUGGACUGCCGGAACUUUAUCGACAGUUCGAAAAAGGUGGCCGUGCUAUUCUGCGAAGCUUUUCUUUACGGUAUCGAAGUCGUGACCAAAGCGUUGAACGAAGACGGGCCGGACGCAGCCGUGCAGCAGCUUAAGGAAUUGUUGUUGGACAUUGACAAGCGCGCUACACCCUCGACGAUCGCACAUUACAGUGCCCAACUCGUCUACAUCAAACAUUACCUACAAGAAUGGACGGCGAACCCUCAGUCACGGGAUUGGUUGAUGCUGAAGAAGCACAUUUCCUCGUUGUACCGUCUACUACGGAAUCGAUGUCCUGAUCAGAUCCAGAUUACCGAAGUUGCGCCUGAACUGGUACAGAAGGUUGACUGGACUAUCUCUGUACCCGGCAAAGAUACACGCAUGUUCGGGGUGCUCCCAGAAGCGACCAUAUUUAAGACUAAGCGACGACCAAAGAAGAUACGAAUUCUUGGUGUCGAUGGUUGUUUCUACGUGUAUCUACUGAAGGCACACGAAGAUCUGCGUCAAGAUCAACGUGCCUUGCAGCUGCUUUCGUUAUUCAAUGAACUUGCGACCGACUGUGAUGAGACGGUAAAGCGCUACGUCUCGCCUUUCGCCAGUAUGGCGGCAGCCGCGGUACAGGAUUUUGGAGAAGGCGACCCUGGCACGACGAUUCCCACAAUCGAAGAGCCAAGUCCUGAGCUUCUAACAUACUCCGUCGUCCCACUGCCAGAGCAUAUGGGUUUCGUAUCCUGGCUCAAGAAUACAGAUACCAUCCAUGAACUGAUCUGCCAGUACCGGCGCAACCUGGACAGCACCAAAGACCCUGCACACGAAAUGCGUCUCUCCAACUCCAUUACCAAACACUUCGAAAACCUGCCCUUUAACGCCCGUCUCAAUGUACUGAAAACCGUAUACGAUGAGACAGGAGCUGAAGACUUGCGAGAGAUGCUAUUGGGACAGAGUACACACGCCGAUACCAAUAUCGGAUCCAUGCUUGAACGAUGGCUCAAACGCCGCGCAAAUUAUAGCCGCUCACUCGCCGCUAUGUCCUGCUACGGGUACAUUCUCGGACUUGGUGAUCGUCAUUGCUCCAAUAUCAUGAUCGAUAGGGACACUGGCCUCGUCGUCCACAUCGACUUCGGAGAUUGCUUCGAGAGCGCCAUGCUUCGAAAACGAUUCCCCGAACGAGUACCCUUCCGACUCACCCGCAUGCUCCUCAAGGCACUCGGACCCACAGGCCAUCGCGGCAUCUUUCAGGCCUCCGCCGUCCGCAGAACCGAGCUAGUCCGACAGCACCAGGAACUCUUGUAUUCCAUUCUUGACACCAUCGUCUUCGACCCACUCACAUCCUGGAACGCACUUCUCCGACAAAUGCAUGAAAUUAGGUGUCUAGCCCGUCUACCUAGAGAAAGCGAUCAAGUGAAAACAGAGUCUUCUGACCUCGUACUGUGCGCCCUCUACAUCCUUGAAAGGUGCAAGGCCAAAAUAGCUGGAACAGAAAGAGGGAGUGUUCAGACUGUAGAAGAGCAAGUGGAGCGGUUAAUUGGAGAAGCAACAGAUCCUGCGAAUCUAUGCCGAGCGUAUAUUGGCUGGAACCCUUUCUGGUGA